UUUAUUUUAAACAUAAAGAAUACUCUUCCAAAUAGUUUUCUAUUAAUAUCAUCAAUCACGCUCUCUAUCGACAAAAUUUUGCUAUUACCUCAAAUGAAUCUAAAUAUUACAAUAGUACUGGAAAACAACAAACAUGUAUAAUAGAAUUGGAUAUAAUAAAAUAUAAAUUACGAUUUUAUAUAUUUUUAUUAUUGUUUGAGUAACUUUUUAUAUUAAUUUGAUAUCAAAUGACUAUUCAAAGAAUCAAAAUACACAAUUAUAUAUCACGUUAAAAUACACGUGAUUUUCUUUCAUUGAUGGUAUAAAUUUUGAAAAAGAAAUUACAUGAUGUUAAACUUAUAUUUUUUACGACGUAUGCAAGUGCGAAAUUUUUCAGUAAAAAUAGAUGUAAAACUUGAUGAUGAUAUAAAUACUUUACUUGAAAAUGAUUUAUUAAAGCAUCGACAUCAUCCUGGAAUAGUAAAACCACGAUUUAUAGAAGUACCCGAUUGGAUUAAGAAUUCAAUUGAGAUAGUUUUAGAAGAUUCAAAAAUAUCAAAAUCACAUUUAUCCAAUGGUGGACAAAAAUUGAUGCAACAUUUACUUGGUAGAAAUAUAUCAAAUGUAGAACCAAAUUUACAGAAUGAAGAAAAAAAAUUACGAGCUUCUAUGCAUCCUUCAAAUUUGUAUGAAAUGGAUAAAAAUAUUAAUGAAUUUAAUAUAAACAUUAAUCCAAAAUUAUAUAAUGAAAAACGACAAUUGCAUAAUACAACCAAUAUCACUAUUGAUUAUAACAGACAAACUGGUUUGUUGUAUAUAGUUGGUAGAAGCCAAUAUGAAUAUUCUGUUGUAUAUAAAGUCUUAAAUCAAAUUAAAAGUAAAAAUAUAAAUUUUAAACCUCAAACUUUAUUUGAUUUUGGAUCUGGAAUUGGAACAGUUAUGUGGGCAGCAUCAAAACUUUGGUCUGAUUCUUUAAAAGAAUAUUUUGGUGUAGAUUCUUCAGUUGAAAUGAAUGAUUUGUCAGAAGAAUUAAACAAGUAUAAUACUCAUCCAAUUAAAAACAUUUUCUAUAGACAGUUUCUUCCUGCAGUUCCUGUGCCAACUUAUGAUAUUGUUGUUAGUUCAUUUUCUUUAUUGGAAUUACCUGAUAUGAAGACACGUUUUAAUGUUAUACAAAAACUUUGGGCUAAAGCGCAAAAGUAUCUUGUUAUUAUUGAAGAUGGAACAAAUGCAGGAUUUACAGCAGUGAAUGAAGCACGUGAUAUUGUACUCUAUAAUAUUUUCGAAUCAAAUGAUAAUAAUAAUAAUUGUGCCCAUGUUGUUGCACCUUGUCCUCAUGAUCUGAAGUGCCCAAGAUAUUACACGGAUGAGAUUCCUUGUAAUUUUCAGAUUUCUUAUUAUACAUUACCAUUGUUAGGUCCUUCUCUUUUAAAAAAACAACGUUUCUCUUAUGUCAUAUUGAAAAAAGAUAUACGAUCAAAUAGUGAUAAGCAAUGGCCACGUGUUGUACAGCCAACAUUAAAACGAUCCAGGCAUGUAAUAUGUCGUACAUGUACAGCUAAUGGGAAAUUAGAAGAAAUUAUAUUCACCUCUUACAAAUAUGGAAAGAAUGCAUAUCGUUGUGCAAGAGUUAGCAAAUGGGGAGAUUUGUUACCUAUAGAAAUUAGUAAAGUUAAGUAAUUAAACAAGGAUUAAUAGGUUUUAUUUGUUUGUAAUUAUGUAAAAUUUGUAAUUAAAAUAAAAUAAUUAAUGAAUAAUAAAAUUUAUAGUAAAAAUCUUUUCAAUUUCAUAUUUAUUUUUUAAUAGUUUAAUAGAUUCAGUUUUAAUGAAUUGGCAAGAAGUUGGAAUUAUGGGAUUAAUGUACAUAAUAAUGUCUCAUGUAUAAAAUUUUCAUCAAUAAAUUUGAUGAUAUGUAA